GCUAAGAACAGUAACACAUCCACCAAAAUAAAGUUCAGAUACCAUAUACAUAGAUACAAAUGUCUGAAGUGAAGUUGUUUGGAGCUUGGUUUAGCCCUUAUGUGAAGAGAGUGGAAAUGGCCCUCAAUCUGAAAGGUGUGGAAUAUGAAUAUAUUGAAGAAGAUCUCAAAAACAAAUCACCUCUUUUUCUGCAAUACAAUCCAAUUACCAAGCUAGUGCCUGUUUUAGUUCACAAUGGCAAACCCAUUUUUGAGUCCACUGUGAUUCUUGAAUACAUCGAUGAGACGUGGGAAGGUCCUUCUAUCUUUCCCAAAGAUCCCUACGACCGUGCCAUGUCCCGUUUCUGGGCCAAGUUCGUCGAGGAUAAGUGCUCGGAUCCGUUGUGGAAGGCGUGUUGGGCCGCAGGAGAGGAGAGGGAGAAGGCGAAGAAGGAAGCCGAAGAAGCACUCAAGAUUCUAGAGAAUGAAAUCAAGGGCAAGAAAUUUUUUGGAGGUGACAACAUUGGAUUAGUAGAUUAUGUUGCCAAUUAUAUUGCAUUUUGGAUUCCACUUCUCCAAGAUGUGGUUGGAUUCCACAUUUUGACACAAGAUAAGUUUCCAAAUAUAUGGAAAUGGUGUUAUGAAUUGUGCAACGACAGCUUUGUUAAGAAAAAUCUGCCUGAGAAGGAGAAAGUGAGUUCUGGGUUGAAGAGGGCCGUAGAGACUGGUAGUCUCUACUAACAAUACCUUGAAACUUUUUAUUGUUUAGUGUGUUUUUAAUCAUGGGUGUUUAUCUAUGGAUGGUUCAUUGUUUUGUUUGACUAAGCAAUUGUGUGGAGUCAAAAUUGGGUUAGUAUUUCAACUUACGUAUGUUUCCUUGAAGUUUCUUUGUAUUUAAAAUUACGUUGAACUA